ACCUGGCAACCGCGGAGCAGCGCUGGCGCUCAGCAGCAGCAGCGAGAGUCUGGCGCCGUCACUGCUAACCGAGGCUGGCUGUCCUGUCCCGCCUUACGACCGUCUAACCCCCUCGCUUUUAAACGUUACCGAAUGGGGUGCGGAGAGCCUGUCGGUUCGCUGCAGUAGUCGUGUGUGUUGAGUGUCCAGCUCGUGAAUCCAGUGUCCGAAGGGUCAAUCUGCCUCACUGCGGUGAAGCCGCUGCUGCAGUCAAACAGAUUCACAAUGGCGACUCCCAGUCCCAGCACCAAUUCACCAACUAGCGCUGCGGGAUCCGCCUUACACACGCAACACUUAACAACAAUGAGCAACAUGCAGGAUUCCAGCACAUGCUGGAGGUGUCAGAAUGAAACGGGAUUUCAGAUCAAUCUGUCUGGAGUAACCCAAAGCAAACGCAAAGCACUUAAGUUAAACUUUGCGAUUCCACCAGUUAAACCGACCGCACGACUCCCCAUCACAACGGCUAACCCUCCGUUCCAGAAUCCACACAUAGAGCGGCUGCGGACGCACAGCAUCGAGUCCUCAGGGAAGCUGAAGAUUUCUCCAGAGCAACAUUGUGACUUCACGGCUGAGGACCUCAAGGACCUGGGGGAGAUCGGGAGAGGAGCGUACGGAUCCGUCAACAAGAUGGUGCACAAACCCAGCGGACAGAUCAUGGCUGUCAAGCGGAUUCGCUCCACGGUGGAUGAGAAGGAGCAGAAACAGCUUCUGAUGGAUUUAGAUGUAGUGAUGAGGAGCAGCGACUGCCCGUAUAUCGUCCAGUUCUACGGAGCCCUGUUCAGAGAGGGCGACUGCUGGAUAUGUAUGGAACUAAUGUCUACCUCCCUCGACAAAUUCUACAAAUAUGUAUAUUGUUCAGUAGAUGAUGUGAUUCCAGAGGAAAUAUUAGGCAAAAUAACAUUAGCAACUGUGAAAGCACUGAAUCACUUGAAAGAAAACUUGAAAAUAAUCCACAGAGACAUCAAGCCCUCCAACAUUCUCCUGGAUAGAAACGGCAACAUUAAGCUGUGUGAUUUUGGCAUCAGCGGGCAGCUGGUCGACUCCAUCGCCAAGACCAGAGAUGCUGGCUGUAGACCGUACAUGGCUCCUGAACGGAUCGACCCCAGCGCCUCCAGACAGGGCUAUGACGUCCGCUCGGAUGUGUGGAGUUUGGGAAUCACGCUGUACGAGCUGGCGACGGGACGCUUCCCGUACCCCAAAUGGAACAGCGUGUUUGAUCAGCUGACACAGGUGGUGAAGGGAGACCCGCCUCAGCUCAGCAACUCCGAGGAGAGACAGUUCUCUCCCAAAUUCAUCCAGUUUGUCAAUCUGUGCCUCACAAAGGAAGAGUCAAAAAGGCCAAAGUACAGAGAACUGCUGAAGCAUCCGUUCAUCCUGAUGUACGAGGAGCGGAUCGUGGACGUGGCCAGUUACGUCUGCAGGAUUCUGGAUGAAAUGCCGGCGUCUCCCGGCUCGCCCAUGUAUGUGGACUGAUGGUGAGCGGCCUGUUGGGAACACAAGACGGUCCGGCCACCAUCUGGUGUACAUACAGCGCCUCACACGAAUCACACGGCCCUUCACCAACUCUCAUUUCACUGCAUUUACCGCAGCACAUCCUACCCUCAACGUUUGAGUGAAACUCUUUUUCAAAGUGCCAUGUUAAAACGCUCGUGU